UGUACUUGCGUCGUCUGCAGUCACGUUUCUGUUAAGUUUAUGGUCCACGGAGUUUCUGCACUUAGUGUAUCAGGGAUCUAAUCUUCAGACAAAAAUAUGGAUAUAGAUUUUUUGAAAUCACAACUGGAAGAUCAUGACCAGAGUCAACUACUAUGGUAUUGGGAGUCAUUGGAUAAAGAUAGCCAAGAAAAGUUGUAUAAUGAAUUAAAACAUUUAGAAUUUUCCAAUAUCAAUGGAUACUUUAAACAAGCUAUGGAAGACUUGAAACAUGCUUCUGACAAAAUUGAUAAUUUACUUCAACCACUGCCGACAGAGGUCUGUGGAAGUGUGACAGGAAGUAGCCCAGAGGAGUUGAAGGAAUACAAUAGAAUAGGCCUAGAAGAAGUGGGUAACAACAGGGUGGCUGUCCUCCUGCUGGCGGGGGGUCAGGGAACACGACUAGGGGUGCCCUACCCAAAGGGCAUGUACAAUGUAGGUCUACCCUCAAAGAAGACCCUGUAUCAACUUCAGGCAGAAAGGCUGCUCAAGUUGGAGAGGCUGGCAAAACAGCAGACUGGCAAACACUGUACCAUUCCAUGGUACAUUAUGACCAGUGAACACACAAAACAAGCCACUGAUGACUACUUCAAGCAGCACAACUACUUUGGCCUUGAGAAAGAGAAUAUCAUACUGUUUGAACAGGGCUUACUACCCUGUAUAGGAUUUGAUGGAAAAAUCAUUCUCGCAAACAAAGACAAGGUAGCACUAGCUCCAGAUGGUAAUGGGGGACUUUACCGGGCUCUUAGGAAGUGGAAUAUCUUGGAGGACAUGGAGAAGAGAGGUGUAACAAACAUACAUGUCUACUGUGUAGACAAUAUUCUUGUCAAAAUGGCUGACCCUGUAUUCAUUGGCUUCUGCAGGACAAAGAAAGCAGAGUGUGGAGCAAAGGCUGUGGAAAAGACAGUACCAACAGAGGCAGUAGGCGUGGUCUGUAAGGUCGAAGGUCACUACCAGGUCGUGGAGUACAGCGAAAUUACAGUGGAAACUGCUGAGUUGCGAAGAGACAAUGGACAGCUGACCUUCAAUGCUGGAAACAUCUGUAACCACUACUUCACACUGGACUUCCUCAAACACGUGUCACAGGUUGAACAAGAAAACCAGUUAAAACACCACGUGGCUAAGAAAAAGAUUCCGUUUGUUGGUGACGACCAGCAGAUUGUCAAGCCUACAGAACCUAAUGGAAUCAAAAUGGAGAAAUUUGUCUUCGAUGUUUUUCAUUUUGCCAAGAACUUUGCUGUGUGGGAAGUACUCCGUGAGGAUGAGUUUGCUCCCUUGAAGAACGCUGACACUGCAGCGAAAGACACGCCGACCACCUGCAGAGAAGCCCUGUUGAGUCUCCACCAUCGUUACAUGUUAGAUGCAGGCUCCAAGUUUAUACACAGCGAUGGAUCUUCACUUUCAGAUAUACCAUGUGCUAAGAAAGCCAAAGAGAGUGGUGACUGUCAAAAGAGCGAGAAUGAUGAUCAGUUCAACAAAUGUGAAGUUUCACCAUUAGUAUCCUAUGCUGGGGAGGGUCUAGAGGAUCUUUUAAGUGGGAAGAAGUUAGUGCCGCCUGUACAGAUUGUAAUGGGACCAAGUGAUAUUACACCUUCAAUCAUACAGAAUGUCACAGCUAAUGGCACCACCAACUAAACAGACUUGCAGUGUGGAUAUUUACAUCAGUUCAAAAUCAUCACUUUUCAGCCUACAAAAACAAAUAGUCUUAAUAUUCCAUUUUUAUGGUCAGUUUAGUGAGGUUGUGACAUUUGUUAAGGCUUUUUUUUAUUAGAGUGUAGAUGCUUUUGUCUCAAAAACUGAUAAAAUGGCUUCUUUUGACUCUGGACCAUUUGGUUUCAAUCCUCAGGCUGUUCAUGACAAUCUCUAAAGAUGGACUUGUGAUAAAACAAGACUGUUGUCUUCUUCUCAAGACAUGCUACCUUAUUUCUGAAGACAGUAUACUCUCUGGACAGUUUUUUACCGUAUCUUACAGACACAUUGAGAUAUCUUCCAAAACAGAUCAUAUCGGUCCUGUUACUAUGGAAUGAAAAGAUGUUAGACUGGAGUAUUAAAAUAUCAGUGUUAUAGAAUCUUUAGUGUAUAUAACUCUCAUGACAAAUUGUACUAAUAUAUCAAAGUAUUUGAAGAACUUUGCUGGUCAAGGAUAAAACCUGAGUUAAUUUAUAACUUAUGUAUGAAUGAUAUGAUGAUAUAUCAAUGUGAGUGUUGAAAAAAAUUAUUUAUUUAUUUUUAUUGUGAUCAUAAUAAUGAAAGAAAAAUGAAGAUAACUGCUGUGGUAGAUUGAGCAUUAGCUGUUGAUGUAAGGUUAAAUAUGGUAAGCAUCAUUAAACAAAAAAUAAAUGCAUUAAGAAAAUACUUAUCUUGGAUAUUCUAAAUUGAGUUAAUGCAGAAAAAUUCUUGUCUGGCACAGUUUACCAUGAUUCUAAAAUUCAUCUUAUUUAGUGGCCCAUGGACUCCAGUUAUAAAACUAUUUUGAGUAGGAUUUUCAUCGAUUUUGUGAGUCCUUUGAUAAAUUAUGGUGUCAAAAUGCAGAUUUCAUAAAGGAAAACCCUGAUCUGGGCAUAUCUUCAAAGAUGAAAAUUCAUUUUGUAAACAUGUAUCUUACUUCAGAGAUUCCUGUUGUGUUUGAAUUCAGAUCUGGUGCCGGAAUAUGUUCAGUCUAGAAGUUUGAUGGGGAAAAGAUUUUUUUUUUAAAUCUGACAUUGUACGACAUUCUGUUUAAUUUUGAGUUGUCCUCAAAUGCAUAUGGCAAAAUGUUUUUGAAGUUUAUAGAUCAAGUUGAUCAUGAUCCACAAUAUUGUUUGAGUGUGAGACAAGAUCCGAUAUUGUCGAUUGCAAUUUUUUUUAUCAAGAAUAAAUCAUAAAUAAAGUGUACAUUUCA